UCACUUCUUAACAAGCUCAAUUGGAUACCAGAAACUUGAACAUAAUAUCUUCUGUAUCUUCAUAUCCAAUUUCAAUACCAUCUUACGACUAUGUACGCGUCGUAUCUCAAAAUCGACACAUCUGUAUCAUCUCUUCCCGGUCCAUUUUCUGUGGGUUCCAGUGCAAGUCCUGUGGCCAACUCUCUAGGCGUCUCUCAGGUCCAUGUGAAUCGUAUGCGGACAUCAUCCAACGCUUCAUCUGCGUCCUCACUCUCCGUACUCUCGCCUCUUGCAUCCUCUUCUACCAACGCUUCUUCUACCUCGCUAGUUCCCAGCGACACCCAAUCAUCAACGUCGAGGCCGGCUAGUCCUGGCGUCAAUGAACCCAUCAGCAUUAUGCCGGAAUACGUUUUGGCUAUGCACGAUUAUGAACCUCAACAUAAUAUAUCGACAUGCCUGUCUUUCCGUGCUGGUCAAGUGAUUCAUGUCCUAAACCGUGAUGCAAGCGGUUGGUGGGAUGGCGAGCUGGAAGGUAAACGGGGCUGGUUUCCGAGUAACUACGUCAAUGCAGACGUGAAUCCUCUGGUAGAGACAGAUGAGGCAGAGACCGAUAUCGUUCAUCCAUACCCCAAGCACAAUCGCUCUUACUCGGCUUCUCCAUCUCAACAUGUUCGAAUGCCUUCAGCGAAUUCUGACAUCGAGUCUCAUGUAUCUCCUGUGAUGGUACCCUUACUUCAUGGCCUCUCCCUUUUACAAAGUGCGGCACGCUCAAAUCGGAUAUCCCAUUUCCAACCAUCUACUGCUUGCAUUAUUUCAUGCGUUCGGUCUGUUUUGUCCGCCACGGACACACUUCUUCGAGAUGCCCCCAUAUUACGGCAAUUUCCCCCGCUUGCUGACGAACGGCGUCUCAUUUUGUCGACACUUGCAUCUCUUGUGGCCCAGGCCAAACGAGCUUCUGAUGAAAAGUUGAAUGAAGAGAAUUUGGAAACAGAGGUUGAGGCAAUGCUGAGAUUGGCGCAGCAGGUUUUCACACUUGUUCGACGCUUUCUUGCCAUUGUAUCCCAGUGCGGGAUAGCGUUGCCGACAAGGCAUGAUGCUUCAUCACCUGCAGUCAAAGUCCUACGAGACGCGAAUAUCAAUUCUGCGGAUGAUUCGAAUGACACAAUAAUGGCACAGAGUAUACCGUCGAUGCCGUCAGGACGAACCCCUACAAAGCCUCGCGUGAAAGGUCGACCGGGCACACCAGGCGGAGCUGCUAAGGCAAAAAGUAUGGGUGAUCUACGCAGUCGCGCAAAAGCAACAGCUGAAGCCGUACCCGCUGUUCCUCCACUUCCUUCGGUUCGUUCAACUUCAGCUCAACAUCAGCUCAAUGGGAACCGGCAUAAGGUUGGCGAGUCGUCCGUCAGUAGCACAGCGUCAACUUCCACUUCUUCUUCCGUGGCGUCGAUGGAGGCUCUCCCUCAGCCGCCUUUUCCUCGUGGUCCAUGCACGAUGGCUCAGGUGUUGCAAGCCCUGCGAACUACGCAUGAUCACUAUUUAUCUGCGGUAGCAGCAUUUGUUGGACACGCCCAUUCGCAUUCGCGGUUCUCGCAUGCGUCAAGCAUGGGUCAUAUGUACGAUCUAGUUCGGGAAAUUGUAGAAAUGUCCUGCAAACUCCUUACCAUUGUCGAAGCCGUACUGCAGCAUCCGGAUGUGCCAAAUCACAGACUGGAGAGUUUGAGAACUGCGAAGGAUCAAUUAUAUAAUGUCACCAGUGAGCUUGCGGAGUCUGUCCGUCUUCUUACAGUUCCGCUACCUCUUGCUAUGUCGGAUGACGAGGAGAAGAAGAUCUUGCUGCGGUCUGCCACUGCUGCUCUGAAAGCUGGUGGCGAUCUCGUUUUUUCGGUCAAGGUUUGCUUAAACCGGUCUCUUGGCGAGAGGCCGUUCAUCAUCAACGUACCACAUCUGGGGGAACCAGGGUCUGCCGAAGCUUUCCGUACAGCGUCCUAUUCUUCAUCUCAGAUAGUUCUGUCAUUAAAUCACUCGCCAACCACGAAUAACUACGGCGUCGAUGAAGAAGAAGAUGUGACGAUCCAGCCACGCAAUGCUCCGAAUCUCAGACCGGAUGCCUCAUCUGGAUCAGAGAGUAGCAGCAGUGGACGUGUUUCCAAAACUUCGUCUAUGAGGUCGGGUGAGACGGUCGUCACAGACCCUGAUGAGCCUAAGGCAUUGACUCCUCUCAUUAUUUCGAAAGCGGUCGUUGAUCCUGCUCUUUGUUCGCCUACAUCCUUGGCUAGAACGGAUGAUGGAACAACUUGGGAGGGUAGUACUCGGAAUCAUCCUUUGUCUUUAGAAGACAAGAUCAUCUAUGGUGAACUACCCACCGUGCCAUCAGAACCUACAGCACCUAUCCCUUUGACGUUUUCCAACUCAGCUGGUUAUAUGUUUUCUCAUGACUAUGCGGUCGACGAUAUCGCAUAUAACAGUGAUGGUGUUCUAGUUGGGGCUACUUUGGCUGUGCUCGUGGAAAAGCUGACACCUCACGAUAGCAUUGUCGAUCCUGCCUUUUCUGCUGUGUUUUUUAUGACGUUUCGUCUAUUUUGCACACCAUUAGAGGUUGUAGAAGCUCUCAUUGCGCGGUACAAUCUCGUCCCCCCUCUCGGCCUAUCUCAUGAUGAUAUCCUUGUAUGGCAGCAAAGAAAAGGACUCGCGGUACGGUUACGUGUCUCAAAUUUCAUCAAGCUUUGGCUAGAUCUCUAUUGGCGACCAACCCCCGAUGACUCUGCGUUGCCAAUGCUGGAAGCUUUUACACGCAACGGGUUGAUGACCAUGUUCCCUGGUCCAGCGGAACGUAUCAUUGAUAUGAUCUACGGUCGCAAAGAGCAAAAGGACAGUGGGUUUAGUCCGAAAGGUGAUCGCUCGAGGGAUCCUGGCAUGUCUCUCAAUCCUCCGUCCGCUCCGCCCCCAUCAGAAAUCCCACGACCGUUGAUGACCAAGACGCUUCUCAGUGCGUUAAGAAGUCGGAACUUCGCUGCCAUCUCUAUAACUGAUUUUGACCCGCUUGAGUUGGCAAGGCAAAUGACCAUCAUGGAAUCAAGGCUCUAUGGGCAGAUCAUGCCAGAGGAAAUAUUGGAAUCAGGCCAAGAUGGCAGCAAGCCUCCUGUGAAUGUGAAAGAGAUGUCGUCUUUGAGUACCGCAAUUACAGGAUGGGUUGCCGAAAGUAUCUUGAACGAACGCGACACUAAGAAACGCACAGCUCUCGUAAAGUUUUUCAUCAAAGUUGCCGAUCGUUGCGUUGGUCUCCACAACUACAGCACUUUCCGUUCGCUAUUGGCCGCAUUAGAUUCUUCGACAAUAUCUAGACUGCAUCAGACCUGGAUGGGACUCCCACAAAAAACUAAGACGCAACUAGAGAGUCUCCGAAGACUGGCGGAUCAUGGUCGUAACUAUCAUGAAUAUCGCACAAAGCUUCGGAACACUGCACCACCAGCUGUUCCUUUCCUCGGUCUAUACCUUACCGACGUUACCUUCUGUCGCGAAGGAAAUCCCUCGCAUAGAAAUUCUCCCCUAAACCCCGACAAAAAGCUACUCAAUUUCAACAAGUACCACAAACUUGCCAGAAUCGUGCAAGAUAUGCAACGAUUCCAAGUUCCGUAUCAGUUGAAAGACAUCCCUGAAGCUCAAGAGUAUCUCGCACAGGUCUUCCAGGCCUCUCAACGAAAAGGAGACCUUCAAGACUUGUAUCGGCGGAGUUUGCUAGUGGAGCCGAAGCAGCCCGCAGAUGCUCCGCCGUCGGGUCCUUCAGGCGACAUGCGACAACUUUUUAACUGGGCUUCUCGUUCACAAUCACAAACGCAGGCCGUAUCUCAAGCAUGAUCCCCAUUAGUUACCCUUUAACUCUCUUGCUCUUUUGGUGCUUCACUGGGACUUGACAUUGCUGUUCGUUUAUCUAGUAUCUUUCACCGCUGUUUUGUUUGGAUUUUGUUAUGUGCACCUGUCUUCAUAUAUCGUUCAUACUACCUUAUUGUCUCCCCUGCAUGUUA